AUGAGUGAGCACUCUCAUCACGGCACUUCUAUGGAAAACGAAGACCGAGAUGUUGAGCGAACACAGCCUGCCCCUGAAAAGGGAAGCCCAGAACCACAUUCUAAGCUUGUUACUUGGAAUGGGCCCCAUGACACGGAAAACCCAAAGAAUUGGAAAACAACUAAGAAAUGGAUGGCGGUAAUUACCGUGUCCUGCUUUACAUUUAUGUCGCCAGCAUCAUCCUCCAUGGUUGCACCCGCUCUCGGUACCAUAUCCAAAGAUUUUAAUGUUGAGAACGAGAUCGAGUCUCAACUCAUGCUAUCAGUCUUCGUUCUUGCAUAUGCUGUUGGACCGCUUUUUCUAGGUCCCCUCUCAGAGAUGUAUGGAAGGGUGCCUGUGCUGCAACUAUCCAACUUACUAUACCUUAUUUUCAACAUCGCAUGUGGUGUAUCGCAAUCUAAGGGGCAGAUGAUCGCCUUCCGGUUUCUUUCAGGGCUAGGUGGUAGUGCUCCUUUAGCUAUAGGAGGCGGUGUAUUGAGCGAUCUUUUCACUCCAGACCAACGUGGCAAGUCCAUUGCUAUAUACAGUCUUGCACCCCUUCUCGGUCCAGCCGUCGCACCAAUAGCAGGAGGAUUCGUAACGGAGAACACCUCAUGGAGAUGGAUCUUCUAUGCCACCUCGAUUGCCGACGGCAUAAUCCAGGCUUUCGGCCUAAUCUUUCUACGCGAAACGUACACCCCUGUGCUCCUCAAACGGAAGGCAAAACGACUCCGCAAAGAAACCGGAGAUCCCAACUACCAGACCGAGGCUGAGCGAAGCAACAACCAAACACUUCUUCAGGCACUCCGUACCUCUCUCAUCCGCCCCUUCAAGCUUCUCGCUACACAACCCAUCGUCCAAUUCAUCGCUUUCUACAUGGCCUACAUCUACGGCCUAAUGUACCUCGUCCUAUCCACCUUCCCAACCCUCUGGACAACCUCCUACAAUGAGACCAUCGGCAUCGGCUCCCUAAAUUACAUCGCCCUGGGCGCAGGCUACUGGCUCGGCUCCCAAUUCUGCGCUGCCCUAAACGACCGCAUCUACCGACGCCUCAAAGCGCGUCACGGCGUCGGCAAACCCGAAUUCCGAACACCCCUUCUCGCUGUCGCAGCCGCACUGACCCCCAUCGGGCUGUUCAUAUACGGCUGGACCGCCCAGGCGCACACGCACUGGAUCGGGCCCGAUAUCGGAGGCUGUAUAUUCUCGCUGGGCACAAUUAUCGCGUAUCAAUGCAUGCAGACUUACCUGGUUGACGCGUACACGAGGUACGCGGCUAGUGCGCUGGCUGCGGCGGCUUGUCUUCGAUCAUUGGCGGGAUUUGGGUUUCCGCUUUUUGCGCCGUAUAUGUAUCAAGCGUUGCACUAUGGGUGGGGGAAUAGUCUUUUGGCCUUUGUUUCGAUUGGAAUUGGGGUGCCGGCUCCUGUCUUUUUGUGGGUUUAUGGGGAAAAGUUGAGAGGUAUGAGUACGUAUGCUGCUGGGUGAGAG